AUGCUUAUUGAUGAAGUUGCCCACUUUAUGCUAAAGAAACUGAAGUAUUUUUCCAUAAGUAUUUGUAAGGAUCUAUUUGGUAUUAGUUCUCGCAUAGAAGAAUUGAAUUCAUUGUUAUGCACCGAAGUCAAUGACGUUCGCUUUGUAGGAAUAUGGGGCAUGGGUGGCAUAGGUAAGACCACCAUUGCAGAAGUUGUUUAUGAUCAAAUCUCUUAUCAAUUUGAAGCAUGUUGCUUUCUUGCAAAUAUAAGGGAACAUGAUUUAGUUUUUUUGCAAGAAAAACUUCUUUCCCUAAUCUUGAUGGAAAGAAAUGUACAUAUAGAUUCUCUCAGUUUGGGAGCAAAUGCAAUAAGGGGCAGACUUUAUUGCAGAAAGGUUCUUAUUGUCCUUGACAAUGUGGAUAAGUUGGAUCAGUUAGAAGCACUUGCUAGGAAGCAUGAUUGGUUUGGCCCUGGAAGUCGAAUCAUCAUCACAACUAGAGAUGAACAUUUGUUAAUUGCGCAUAAUGUAGCAAAAAUAUGCAAGGCUAAACAUUUCGACUAUGUGGAAGCUAGUGAACUCUUUUGCUGGAAGGCUUUUGGGCAGAUAUACCCCAAGGAAGAAUAUGUUGAAGUCAUAAACUCACUAAUAACUCAUGCAAAUGGCCUUCCAUUAGCGCUUAAAAUUUUGGGUUCUUUUCUUUGUGGCAGAGGUGUUGAUGAAUGGAAAAGUGUGUUGAAUAAACUGAAAAAAUAUCCUAAUGAAGAAAUUCAAAAGAUUCUUAAAAUAAGUUAUGAUGCACUAGAUGAACGGCAGAAGGAUUUAUUUCUUGAUAUUGCAUUCGCUUACAACAAUCCAAGAUAUGGGAAGGGGUAA